AUGGGGUACAACAUUCUAGGGUUUGGCACUUGUACUCCUCAUGCUGCUCAAUGCAUUCAUUCUCGUUCCAAUUGUCACAUGCGCGCUCCGCCCCUGCCCGAGUCGCGCUCCCCUCCCCUCGCUUCCCUUAGCGGCCCCGUCGCGCCGCGCUUCCGGCCCCGGCGCCGCCUCUGCUGGCCCCGGCGCCCCCCUGUCGCGACCCCGCGGCCCCACCCUCGCGUCGCCCUGCGCGGCGUCGUUACAGCCGCCCGCGACCCCGACGCCGCCCGUCGCGACCCCGUCGCCCUUCGCGCCGCCCGCGACCUCGUCGCCGCGGCCGCCUGCGACCCUACCGCUGCAGCCGCCCGCGACCCUGUCGCCGCAGCUGCCCGCGACCCUGCCGUCGCCGCCGCCCGCGACCCUGCUGUCGCAGCCGCCCGCGACCCUACCGUCGCCGCCGCCCGCGACCCUGCAGUCGCAGCCGCCUGCGACCUCGUCGCCGCGGCCGCCUACCCUCCCGUCGCCGCAGCCGCGCGCGACUCCUGUGGUCGCAGCCGCCCGCGACCCCCCGUCGCCCCACCCGUGCGACCCCACCGCCGCCCUUUGCGGCCCCUUCGCCAUCCCUUCGCGGCCCCGCCGAGCAGCCGCGCCGCCGAGACGCCGCCGCCGCCGAGCCGCCGAGCUGCCGAGCCGUCGAGCCGCCGAGCCGCCGAGCCGUCGUUGCCGCCGAGUUGCCGAGCCGUCGAGCCGCCACUGCCGCCGUGCUGCCGAGCCGCCGAGACGCCGGUGCCGACGAGCUGCCGAGCCGCUGAGCCGCCGAGCCGCCGUUCCUGCCGUCCCGGCCCUGUUCCUGCCGACGCGCCUCGGUCCUUCUCGCCUGUCCGUGUCCUCACUUUUGACGCUGAGGGUCGGGCCAUUGACUUUGACGUCUGGGUAGAUGACCUGCAGCUUUUCCUACUGAGCGACAGAGCAGACGGCCUCUCCCUUUUUGACCUCACCUCUGGUGCCUCUCCUGCCCCUGCUGCUGAUGCUGACCCCACUGUUCGCUCCCAGUGGGCCACACGCGAUGCUGCUGCCCGCCUUGCUGUGCGCCGCCACUUGCCGACCUCUGAGCGUGCGCACUUUAGCCAGUACAAGAGUGCUAAGACCUUGUACGACGCUGUAGUUGCGCGCUACUCUUCCCCUGCCACUGCUGCGCUUAGCCGCCUUAUCCUACCGUACCUCUUCCCUGACCUCGCCGCUUUUCCCACUGUCGCUGACCUCAUUACGCACCUUCGCACUAGUGACACUCGCUACCGCGCUGCGCUUCCUGCUGAGGACCACUUCCUCUCUGUUUGCCCCACCACCCUCACCGUUGACCUCCUCGAGGAGCGCCUGCUCGCGGCAGAGAAGAGCAUAGUCGCAGUAGGUGCCUCUCGUGGUGACCCUCGUACCCCUGUCUUUGAGGGGUGCUCCCCCUCUCCCCUCUUGCCCUCUGUUGCCUCUGCUGCUGCGGCCGACCUCGUUGGUCUUGAGUCGGUCGCUGCGGCGUCUGCCCCUAGCGGGAGACGCCGCCCUGGCAAGGGCAAGGGGGGCAAGGGUGCUGGAGGGGCUGGAGGGGGCGGUGGAGGCGGAGGUGGAGGUGGUGGAGGGGGUGGGGGUGGCGGUGGGGGUGGUGGCGGGGGUGGGGGCGUCGGUGGCGGGACUGGAGGUGGAGGUGGAGGCGGCGGUGGCGGUGGGAGCGGAGGUGGCGGAGGUGGCGGUAGUGGAGGAGGUAGCGGCGGAGGCGGCGGAGCUGGUCGGGGUGGCGCUGCGCAGAGGGGUGGCUCCGGUGGUGGUGCGCGCCAGCAGCAGCAGCAGCAGCGUACCCGUGAGACCCCUUCCCCCCAGCAGCUUCGUGAGUGGUACGCUGCUCGUCAGCGGGGUGGGGGUGCUGGCCCCUGCACCUACGUUCUCCGUACCGGCGACCGGGCGGGUGAGCAGUGUGGAGGCCCGCACCCCACCCAGCGCUGCUUCGGUCGGCUGACAGACGCGUGGCGCCACCAGUUCCCCGACGCUACGGAGAUCCCUCGCUGGGGCGAGCUGUCUAGGGCGGGUGUUGCAAUCUAUGAUCUUGACUUUGAUGCUAUUCUUGCUGCCAUGUAUGCUGUGACUAUUAGUGAUGAGGGUGACUGUUACCGGUGUUUCCCGCCUGACCCAGGCAUAGAGGCUGCUGCGCUAGGUACUUGUGAGGCUGCUGCUCUAGGUGCCAGUGCGUCUGCUGCCCCAGGUGCCGGUGAGUUUGCGCUCUCAGGUGCUGCGUCGCCCCCGGACACCCACACCUUCACCCUUGACUCGGCGGUCCCGUCUGGCUCCCUGUCGGGUCUCUACCUCCCCUCGUUCUCUACGAACUUGGUGGCGGGUGCUGACCUCCAGGAUGCAGGAGUUGACCAGUUCACCCCUGCGCGUCAGCGGGUGACCCACUGCACUUGUGCGGACACGGGCCGCCACUUGGCCACGUUUGCUCGUCGGCCAGGGUCGAGCCUGUACACACUGACUACUGAGUCUUCCCCAGUCACUGAGUCUGCUCAGGUAGCCGCGUCGGGUCAGGUGUUUGCUGCGGCGUCCAGGUCUGGUCCUGAGUCUGCCCCCUGCUCGUGUCGUCUCCUGUCUCACCGGACUCUCCUCUGGCACCACCGUCUUGGUCACCCCUCCCUGCCUCGCCUUCGAGGCAUGGCUUCCCGUCUUCUUGUUUCUGGUCUCCCCCGGUCCCUCCCUCCUCUUCCUCCGGGGCCUGCCCCCACCUGCGUUCCCUGCGUCGAGGGGCGGCAGCGCGCUGCUCCUCACUCCUCCGAGUUUCCUCCGACAGAGGCUCCGCUGCAGACGCUUCACAUGGACGUGUGGGGCCCAGCCCGCGUCCGUGGGCAGGGUCAGGAGCGCUACUUCCUGCUGGUGGUUGACGACUACUCGCGUUACACCGCAGUCUUCCCCUUGCGCAGCAAGGGUGACGUCACUGAGGUGUUGAUCGCCUGGAUCCGCGCGGCUCGUCUCCAGCUCCAGGAGAGUUUCGGCUCCGACUUUCCUGUUCGGCGUCUGCACUCCGACCGAGGCGGAGAGUUCUCCUCUGACCUUCUGCAGACCUUCUGUCGCACACGAGGCAUCCGCCAGACCUUCACGCUUCCGGACUCUCCGCAGCAGAAUGGGAUUGCUGAGCGCCGCAUCGGCAUGGUCAUGGACGUCGCUCGUACGUCCAUGAUCCAUGCGGCUGCUCCCCAUUUUCUGUGGCCGUUUGCGGUUCGGUACGCGGCGCAUCAGCUCAACCUUCACCCCCGGGUCUCCAUGCCGGAGACCUCCCCUGCUUUGCUGUGGACGGGGAAGGUUGGUGAUGCGUCGCGUUUUCGGGUCUGGGGAUCUAGGGCGUUUGUCCGCGACUUGUCUGCGGACAAGCUGUCCUCUCGUGCUGUUCCCUGCGUCUUCCUUGGCUUUCCCCCUGACGCGCCAGGCUGGCAGUUCUACCACCCCACCUCGCGCCGUGUCUUCGCGUCCCAGGACGUCACCUUUGACGAGUCGGUUCCCUACUACCGUCUCUUCCCCUACCGCACUGCGUCCCUCCCUCCCCCGCCGCUCUUCCUUACACCAGGCCCCCCUCCGGUAGACCCCCUCCCCCCUCAGGGUCCUGCUCCCUCAGGUGUGUCCCAGGUAGAUGCAGUUGAGCCAGUCGAGGUAGCUGUUGACUCUGGUACUGCUGGUGGUGCUGAGCCUGGGGGUGCUGGGUCUGGGGGUGCUGCGACUGGGGGUGCUGGGUCUGUGGGUGCUGCGACUGGGGGUGCUGAGCCUGGGGGUGCUGAGCCUGGGGGUGCUGAGCCUAGGGGUACUGCGUCUGGGGGUGCUGCGCCUGGGGGUGCUGCGCCUGGGGGUGCUGAGCCUGGGGGUGCUGAGUCUCGGAGUGCGGAGCCUGAGAGUGCUGGACCUGCUCGUCCGGCGUCUGGUGGUGCUGAGCCUGGCGGUUCCUCCGGUGCUUCGUCCCGGCGGGAGCUGCUCUCUCCACAGGAGCUGCGUGAGUGGUUCGCCCGGCGCUGGCGACGUGCUGCUGGAGCUGCUGGUGCUGCUGGUGCUGCUGGUGCUACUGGCGUUGGUGCUGCUGGAGCUCCUGGAGCUGGAGCUGCUGCGUCUUCGGGUGGUCCGGCUGGAGCUGGAGCUACUGGGGGUGUUGGCGCUGGGGGUGCUCCUGGCGCUGGUGCUGCUGGGGGUGCUGGAGUUGGAGCUGCUGGAGUUGCGGGUCUUCCUGGUGCUGGUGCUCCCGCUGGGGGCGCUGGUGCUGUUCCUGCUGGCACUGGUGGAGCUGCGCGGCCGCGGCCGUACUUCGUUCCGCUCCUUGAGCAGGUUCUUGGUCUUCCGUCCUCUCUUGGUCCUGCUCCUGCCUUAGAGUGUCCGCCUCCUGUCCAGUCUGAGUCACAGUUACAGCCACCUUCCCCGCUUCCUUCUCCUUCUCCCUACACUGGUCCUACUGGAGGUCUUGCUGAGCGUCGUGAGCCUGCGUCUCGCCCUGCGUCGCCUGUCCGUGUCAGAAUCACUAGGCAAGAAUGA